UGCCAUUUCACUGCCCAAUCACUCAAAAGAUGCCUCCAAAUAACGAACUUCUCUCUUUUCUUUAGUAGAUUCUGUAAACACUCGCCAAUGGUACUCUCUGCAAUGAGUUAAAAAGAAUUGUAUCAAAAUCUUAUAUAUAUAUAUAUACGUAACUUAGACAAGUUUGAGGAGUAAAGUGGAACAAAAGAAAAGAAAGAGUAGAAAAGGAAAGCUUGUUCUAUUUACUGUUGCAAUUGCCCUCUUUCCUUGCAAUGUCAGGUUUUUAGUUUUAUUAUCAUAGCUUUAGUAGUUCACAGCCACGCAGUGAUGACUCUUGACACUUGUGAACUGUGAGUGAAUAGCUGCAUGCGCGCGCGCGCGCACACACACAUAUAUAUAUAUAUAUAUAUAUAUAUUUUGCUCCGCUAGGUUCACAGUCUGAAACCUCUGAAAGUGGGGAGUCCAAAGUGGCAAUGGAACCUGUUCUUGCUCCACAAUAGGCCAAGUAAACCAAAACCAGGAAUUCUCUUUUCUUUGUUUUUCUUUUCUCUCUUUCUGCUUUCAUUUCACAGCUAGAUAGAGGAAGGGAAGGGAAGAAUCAAGAAUGGGAACGAGCUCAGUUUCCAAGUUGUUGAGUUUGGUAUGCUUGGUCAUGUGUUUAGGUUCUCAGCUGGUUCAGUCUAGUGUGACCUACGAUAGCAAGGCAAUUGUGAUUAAUGACCAAAGGAGAAUCCUCUUCUCUGGUUCCAUUCAUUAUCCCAGAAGCACCCCUGAUAUGUGGGAAGAUCUGAUAAAUAAGGCGAAAGAUGGGGGAGUGGAUGUGAUUGAGACCUAUGUCUUCUGGAAUGUGCAUGAGCCUACUCAGGGAAAUUACAAUUUUGAAGGGAGAUAUGAUCUGGUGAGAUUCAUAAAGACAAUACAGAAAGCAGGCCUCUAUGCUCAUCUUCGCAUCGGACCUUACGUUUGUGCAGAGUGGAAUUUUGGAGGCUUUCCUGUUUGGUUAAAGUAUGUCCCAGGCAUCAGCUUUAGAACAGACAAUGAGCCUUUCAAGAGGGCAAUGAAAGUGUUCACUGAGAAGAUUGUGGGGUUGAUGAAGAGUGAAAACUUGUUCGAGUCUCAGGGUGGCCCCAUUAUACUCUCUCAGAUCGAGAAUGAGUAUGGGUCACAAAGUAAGUUACUUGGUGCUACUGGUUAUAAUUACAUGACUUGGGCAGCAAAUAUGGCUAUUCAAACAGGAACGGGGGUCCCCUGGGUGAUGUGCAAGGAAGAAGAUGCCCCAGAUCCAGUUAUAAACACAUGCAAUGGAUUUUACUGUGAUUCAUUCUCCCCCAACAAACCAUACAAGCCUACAAUUUGGACUGAAGCUUGGAGCGGAUGGUUCACGGAAUUUGGUGGUCCAAUUCACCAGCGUCCAGUUCAGGAUUUGGCAUUUGCAGUUGCUCGAUUCAUACAGAAAGGAGGAUCCUUUGUUAAUUACUACAUGUACCAUGGCGGAACCAACUUUGGUCGCAGUGCUGGAGGUCCUUUCAUUACUACCAGUUAUGACUAUGAUGCUCCAAUAGAUGAAUAUGGUUUGAUCAGGCAACCAAAGUAUGGUCAUUUAAAGGAGCUCCAUAGGUCUAUUAAGAUGUGUGAGCGAGCUUUAGUGUCAACUGAUCCUAUUGUGACGGAAUUAGGGACCUAUCAACAGGCGCAUGUGUACUCUUCAGAAUCAGGAGAUUGUGCUGCUUUUCUUGCAAACUAUGAUACAAAAUCUGCUGCAAGGGUGUUGUUCAAUAACAUGCAUUAUAGCUUGCCUCCUUGGUCCAUCAGUAUCCUUCCUGAUUGCAGAAAUGUGGUCUUUAAUACUGCAAAGGUUGGAGUUCAAACAUCUCAAAUGGAAAUGUUGCCGGCAAAUGAUGAGAUGCUUUCAUGGGAGAGUUAUGAUGAAGAUAUUUCUUCUCUGGAUGACAGUUCAACAUUCACUGCUCUUGGUCUCUUGGAGCAGAUAAAUGUAACAAGGGAUGCUAGUGAUUACCUGUGGUACAUCACUAGUGUUGAUAUUGGUUCGUCAGAAUCCUUUUUACAUGGAGGGAAACUUCCCACUCUCAUUGUUCAAUCAGCAGGCCAUGCUGUGCACAUCUUUGUUAAUGGAGAGCUUUCAGGUUCUGCCUUUGGGACAAGGGAGAAUAAGAGGUUUACAUAUACUGGAAAGGUCAAUUUGCGUGCUGGAAAAAACAAAAUUGCAUUGCUGAGUGUUGCUGUUGGAUUGCAAAAUGUGGGUGGACACUUUGAGACAUGGAACACAGGAAUCCUAGGUCCAGUUGCACUGCAUGGACUUGACCAGGGAAAAUGGGAUUUGUCCUGGCAAAAAUGGACAUACCAGGUUGGGUUGAAAGGGGAAGCCAUGAACCUAGUUUCUCCAAAUAGUGUUUCAUCUGUUGGGUGGAUGGAAGCAUCCCUAAUUGCAAAAAGACAGCAACCAUUAACAUGGCAUAAGGCCUAUUUCAAUGCACCUGAUGGGAAUGAACCUUUGGCUUUGGACAUGGAGGGCAUGGGAAAGGGUCAAAUAUGGAUUAAUGGGCAGAGUAUAGGGAGAUACUGGACUGCAUAUGCUACUGGUAAUUGCAACGGAUGCAGUUAUGCAGGAACAUUCCGUCCUUCUAAGUGUCAGCUUGGCUGUGGCCAGCCCACCCAGCGAUGGUACCACAUGCCUCGGUCAUGGUUGAAGCCAACCCAAAAUCUUUUGGUAGUUUUUGAAGAACUUGGAGGAAAUCCCUCUAGAAUUUCUCUUGUGAAGAGAUCAAUGACCAGUGUGUGUGCUGAUGUCUCUGAGUUUCAUCCAACUAUUAAGAAUUGGCAAAUUGAGAGCUAUGGAAGAGCAGAAGAGUUCCAUAGCCCCAAGGUUCACCUUCGGUGUAGUCCGGGCCAAUCCAUUUCUUCCAUUAAAUUUGCAAGCUUUGGAACUCCUUUGGGAACUUGCGGAAGUUACCAGCAAGGACCUUGCCACGCUCCCGCGUCAUACAAUAUCGUUGAGAAGAAAUGCAUAGGGAAGCAGAGAUGUACAAUCACCAUAUCCAACAGUAACUUUGGCCAAGAUCCAUGUCCAAAUGUUUUGAAGCGGUUGUCAGUCGAAGCUGUCUGUGCUCCAACAAAUUGAAGGUGUUAAUAAGAGGAAAAAAAAAAUUGAGAAACUGCUAAUUUAUAUUGCAUCCAGUAAUUUAACUACACAUUACCAGCAAAAGCAGCAAGGAAGCAUAAUAGGGAACUAUAGGAGAAAGCUUUUUAGUUAGAUAGGCGUAUUGCCAUAGUUUUCUAAAGUCAGAAAACCUGUGGCUAGAGGUGUUUGGGUAAAUGGGCUACUGUAAAUUUGUGGUGGUUAGAUAGGUGAGCUGGAAAAUCCCUGGGUUCCUGCAAUUUAGGGCUCAGGUGAAUUUAAAGCCCCAGUCCCCCGGUCUUUUAACUGGAUGUGUGGGUAGUGAGAGAAAAGGUGUUUUUAGUAGUGUGAUUUGAUUUUAUGUUUGUAAUUGCAUCAAGGGGGUAAAAUCAAACCCCAAGUUUGUUCAUUUUGGGAGCGGAUCCUAAUAUGACCAUUGUUUUCUGUGCAGAUUCCUGCUGAAAUUUAAAGAGCUUUCUUUUUA